AUGAGUCCGAAACUAUUGUGCACAAUUCACUUCCAAGCUAUUCUUCAUCUUCUCUUGUUCGUUGCACUGCAGCAUGUAAAAAAACUUUCUGUUUUUGCUGGCAGUACUGGAAACUCCAAUUAUUUCGGUGGGAGUCAGACAGAUCAACAAGCUUUGUUGGCCUUCAAGACAAAGAUAACAGAUGACCCUACAAAAGUUUUCCGCUCCUGGAAUGUUUCCCUCCAUUUCUGCGAGUGGGAAGGUGUUACGUGUGGCCGCAAGCAUAGAAGAGUGAUUGUGUUAGAUCUGCAGUCUCGAGGUUUGGUGGGUUCCUUGUCUCCAUACAUAGGCAACCUCAGCUUCAUUAGGGAAAUCGAGCUCUCGAACAACACCCUUGGAGGCAAUAUCCCUGAUGAAGUUGGCAAUCUAUUCAGGCUGCAAGUAUUGAGCCUGUAUAACAACUCCUUCGCGGGGGAAAUUCCUGCAAACCUUUCCCAUUGCUCCAACCUCAAGUUUCUUAGAGCAGGUCAAAAUAACCUUUCAGGGUCAAUCCCAAUAGAGCUUGCUUCUUUGACAAAGCUGGAGUUUCUUUCUAUUCACAAGAACAAUCUCACAGGUGGAAUCCCACAUUUCAUUGGGAACCUUAGCUCUCUACAAAUUUUAUCUGCAGCCAGAAAUGUAUUGGGUGGACAUAUUCCAGAUGCCUUGGGUCAAUUAAGAAGCUUAACAUUUCUUGGACUUGGUGGAAAUAGAUUCUCCGGUUCAGUCCCUCCAUCUUUAUAUAAUCUUUCGUCUAUUAUUGAUUUUUCAUUGGCCGAUAAUGAGCUUAGUGGAAGUCUUCCUACAGACUUAUUCCUCACCCUUCCUCAUCUCCAAGGGUUUCAAAUCCAUGACAACCAAUUUACAGGACCUCUUCCAGUCUCAUUAUCUAACGCUUCAGAGCUCGAACAGAUUGAAGUUUACAAGAACCAUUUCACGGGAAAAGUAUCUAUAAAUUUUGGAGGCUUACAACAAUUGGAGGAAUUAUUUAUUGGUGAAAAUAAUUUAGGAAGUGGAGAUGAUGAUGAAAUGAAUUUCUUUCAAUCUCUACUCAAUUGUAGCAGUUUACAAGAAAUAUAUCUUGAAGUGAAUCAAUUCAAAGGUACGUUACCUAAUGUUUUGGUUAAUCUUUCGGCCCAACUUACCUAUUUUGCAAUCGGCGACAAUCUUCUUUUUGGAGAGAUCCCUUUAUGGGUGGGUAAUUUGGUCAACCUGACCACCUUAUCGAUGCAAGGUAACAAAUUUACAGGGACAAUUCCAAAUAAUAUUGGAAAUCUUAAAAAAUUACAACGAUUAUAUUUGAGUAACAACAAACUCUCAGGAAGGUUACCGAUUUCCCUUGGAAGCCUAUCAUUGUUAAAUGAAUUGUACUUGGAAAAUAACAGAUUGCAAGGAACUAUCCCAUCAAGUAUAGAAAAUUGCCAAAAAUUGCUAUUGUUAGAUCUUUCUCAAAACAAUCUCAAUGGCACCAUUCCAAAGCAAGUCUUUGCAAUUUCCACACUGUCAAUUUCACUUAAUUUGUCUCAAAACUUUUUCGUAGGAUCACUACCAUUAGAAAAAGGCAAUCUUGUCCAUUUAGAAAAGUUGGACUUAUCUGAUAACAAGUUGUCUAGGAAAAUUCCAAGCAGCCUAGGCUCUUGUGCAAGCCUUGAGUACCUUUACAUGGAGGGUAAUUUCUUUGAAGGAGCAAUUCCAACAUCCUUGAGUUCUUUGAGAGGUAUUCAAGUCAUGGAUUUUUCUAGGAACAACUUGAGUAGUCAAAUUCCAAAUUUCUUGGAGAAACUCUCCUUGAAGAAUUUGAAUUUAUCCUUCAAUGAUUUUCAAGGAGAGGUUCCAACAAAAGGAGUGUUUGCAAAUGCUAGCACAAUAUCACUCAUCGGAAAUAAUAGACUAUGUGGGGGCAUAUCAGAGCUACAGUUUCCUAGGUGCUUAACAAAAGAAGAGAAGAAAAUGAGAUGGCCUCUUGCACUCAAAGUGGUAAUCUCAAUGACAUGUGUUAUUCUAGUAGUAACUAUAGUGUCACUUUUCUUAUUUUGUAGGCACAAAAAUAGAAGAAAACAUAAAUCUUCAGAAUCUUCUUUGAGGCAGUCACUUUUGAAAGUGUCUUACCAAAUGCUCCUUAAAGCAACUGAUGGAUUUUCGUCAGUAAAUUUGAUUGGUGUUGGUAGUUUUGGCUCAGUGUAUAAAGGCAUCCUUGGUGAGGAAAAAUCAAUUGUAGCAAUCAAAGUACUAAAUAUUGAACGUCGAGGUGCUUCCAAAAGCUUCAUCUCCGAGUGUGAAGCCUUGAAAAAUAUUCGUCAUCGAAAUCUUGUGAAGAUCAUCACUUCUUGCUCAAGUGUGGAUUUUCAGGGCAAUGAUUUUAAGGCUCUAGUUUAUGAGUUCAUGCCGAAUGGAAGUCUAGAAAAUUGGUUACAUAUGGAUUUGGAAACAAAUAAUGAUAUACAAAAUCUGAGCCUUCUUCAAAGAACAAACAUUGCCAUUGAUGUUGCUUGUGCACUUGAUUAUCUACACCACCAAUGCCCAACGCCAAUUGUUCACUGUGACCUAAAGCCAAGUAACAUUCUUUUCGACUCUAAUAUGACUGCUCAUGUUGGAGAUUUUGGGCUUGCAAAAUUUCUUCUAGGACUUACAAAUCUAGAACGUAGCAGCUCGAUUGGAAUAAGGGGAACAAUUGGGUACACUCCUCCAGAGUACGGUCUAGGAAGGGAGGUGUCAACUAAAGGGGACGUCUACAGUUAUGGAAUCUUAUUAUUAGAGAUGAUAACAGGAAAGAGACCCACAGAUUGUGUGUUUGAGGGAGGCCUUAACCUUCACAAAUAUGCUAAAAUGGCCUUGCCUAACCAUAUAAUGGAGAUUUCGGACCCAAUACUUUUAAGAAAUGUUGAUGAAGUGAUUGAUAAUCAGAAUUGUAGCCCUACAAAUAGAAUAGAGGAGUGUUUGAUCUCCAUGGUCAAGGUUGGAGUCGCAUGCUCUGUGGAGUUGCCACAAGAACGAUGGGACAUUAGCAAGGUUAUAUUUGAGCUGCAUUUCAUCAGAGACAUUCUUCUUGGCGUUGGGAUUUAG